GUGAUGAUGUAUGGGAGCGAAAUAGUUCGUUGAGGAAAGGAGGAUCCGGAUGGAGUGAGCAAAAUCUAUCAGCAUGCGAAUACGCGUGGGUUGGAGGGAGAGGGAGAGGGAGGAGUAGAUAGGAGGAGGGGGGUGGGUGUUGGGAGGAGCAGGAGGAGGAGGAGGAAGAGGAGGAGGAGGAGGAGGAGGAAGAGGAGGGGGUAGGAACGUGUGAGAGGAAGACAAAAGAAGGGACAGAGUUGAGCGUUUGGGUGAUUAGACUUUUGCUGACAAGUCGGGACAGGGGACACAGACAAUGGCCCGCCCUUCGAGAUCCCGUUCGCCUUCUGCAUCGAAAUCCCUGUCGCGAUCAGACACCGGCUCUUCGUCCUAUACGGAGUCUUCUUCUCCCUCCCGAUCGCGAUCCCGAUCUCGGUCGGUGACGUCAACAUCAACUUCGCGGUCCAGCCGAAGCUCGUCGAGGAGUCGAAGUCCGACGCCCAAGAAAAGCCCUGCGACUGUUAUUAUUAAGAAAGCAAGGUCGCCUUCGCCCAGGAAGAAACACGUGUCGCCUCCAAGGAAGGCGAGGACUCCGACUCCUGAGUCAAGGGUUUUGCAUGUCGGGUGUCUUACGAGGAAUGUCAAUGAAGGGCAUUUGCGUGAAAUUUUUGAGAACUAUGGAAAGGUUGUCAACGUGGUGCUUGCAAUCGACAGGACGGUCAAUCUUCCAAAAGGAUUUGGGUACGUGGAGUUCGCAGAAAGACCAGAAGCGGAGAAAGCACAGCAGCAUAUGGAUGGGGUAAGUGGAUCUCGGCUCUUGACUCAGACGACUGUGUCCUCCGUUGUAGAGUACAGAGCAGACUCCCUGUGGCUUGCAAAAAAAUACCACCCUGAUGCAAAUAAGAAUGAUCCGGAGGCUGAAAAGAAGUUCCAGCAGGUGCAACAAGCUUAUGAGGUAUUGAGAGAUGAUGAAAAACGGGCAAUGUAUGACCAGCAAUUGGGGUCUCCCGCACGCAGGGCUCGAAGUCCAGCUGGCCGACGGAGGUCUCCUGCUUACAGGAGAAGAUCCCCUCCACCUCCCAGGCGUGGCGGAAGAACACCUCCUCGGCGGUCGUCGCCUCCUCGCCGACGCAGCAGAAGUCCAGUGCGACGCCCUGUGCGGUCACGCUCACGGUCACCUCCGCGCAGGGGUCGCGCACCGGUGAAGAGAUCAAGGUCGACGUCCUCGUUCUCAUCGCAAUCUCCUGGCCCACGCAAGAGGUCUCCUCCUGUGAACAAUAGGAGCCGAAGUUACAGCCACAGUAAAUCCAGGUCUCCUAGUGGAAGCAGUUCAAGUGGCAGGAGCGAGUCCGCGUCUCCCUCCAAGAGCAUCGAUUCUGGGUCUAAGGGCGAUUGAGAUGACGGACUCUCUGGCCCAAGAUAAUUAGGAUUGCAGCAUGGCUACUGCUGCCCCUCGGCUAUCGAAUUGGAUGCCUUGCAGGCGUUCCACUCCUCGCGGCUUUUGGCGCUUGUAUGUCUUAUCCCUGACUAUCAAUAGAAAGGGAGGAAGAAUGAUUCCACUCGGCUGUUGCAUAACUCACAUGUUUCUGGUUUCUCAUUACUUUGUCUGUGUGAGCGCAGCACGAUGUUUGUGCACCUGCAAGCUGGUAGUCUGCCUGUAUGCAUGUGUGAUUUUGGUGUUUUCCCUAGCUCUGUCUUUCUCCUCAUUGCACAAAUCAUGCUUACGCCCUCGCCGUUCCUAUAUAUGUAUGAAUGUUUUCUUUCCCACAUCAUUGUGCCACAUGCU